AGUGGUAAAAGAACAACACUGGACAAUGGAGGUGAAGGAGAAGAUGAUCUCUUCAGUUAACGAUGAAGAUCAUGAUGAUGUUCUACUUCCGGGAUUUCGAUUUCAUCCAACUGAUGAAGAGCUUGUUGGCUUCUAUCUUAAACGGAAAGUGGAAAAGAAACUCUUUAGCAUCGACCUGAUCAAACAGGUCGAUAUCUACAAAUACGAUCCUUGGGAUCUUCCGAAAGUUAGCAAAAUUAGCAGUGUUACAGAGAAGGAAUGGUACUUCUUUUGCAGGAGAGGCAGAAAAUAUAGGAACAGCCUAAGGCCGAACAGGGUUACAGGGUCCGGGUUCUGGAAAGCGACUGGGAUCGACAAGCCGAUAUACACCGUCGGCAGAUUCCACGAUUGCUUAGGCCUCAAGAAAUCACUGGUUUAUUACAGGGGAAGUGCAGGGAAAGGCACCAAAACAGAUUGGAUGAUGCAUGAAUUUCGCCUUCCACCUACUCAAGUUCCUACUAAUACCAAGGACAACUUGCCAGAAGCUGAAGUUUGGACACUUUGCAGAAUCUUUAAACGGGACGUUUCGUGUAGAAAACAUGUUGCACAAGAUUGGCACAACAAGAAGACUAAUCUUUCCAAAGAAAAUAGUGUUAAUUUUACUACUACAACAGCUACCAGUUCAAGAACAAGCAGUGCAGAGUCGGAGAAUAGUGUGCAGUUCAAGGAGAUGGAAAGGAAGAUUGUGAAUGAUGAUUUCUAUGGAGAGAACCAGUUGUUUGCAGGGACCACGACUCAAGUUCUUCCGUCGUAUUUAAGCUUUUCAAAUCCGAAUGCCGAUGAAUUCUACUUGGGACAUCAAAACUGGGAUGAGCUUGGGCCAGUAGUUGAUUAUAAUACCCUGGCUACAUCACUGCUAUAUAGUGACUGGAAAAUACUGAGGGAUAUAUAAUACUUGGAUCAUCCAAAUAAUGAAGAAUCUCUUGGGAAACUAUAUACUAAUCCAUGGAUGCUCUCGUUUUUUGAGUAGGAAAAC